GCGUGCCGUUGCGUCGAUCGUGGUUUCUUCUUUUGCCCGGCAACAAGCCUAUAAAAUACCCACGAUCUCACGCUUUGACAAUUAUCUCUCUGUUGCAAAAGAAAACCCUAGGCGCCAUCUCCGUUCGACCUCUCGAAGUUCUUCUUCGCUCCUGUUCAAGAUGCAAAUCUUUGUGAAAACCCUUACUGGCAAGACAAUCACCCUCGAGGUGGAAAGCUCCGACACAAUCGAUAAUGUGAAAGCAAAAAUCCAGGACAAGGAAGGGAUCCCUCCAGACCAGCAGAGGCUUAUCUUUGCUGGCAAGCAGCUCGAGGACGGCCGAACCUUGGCCGAUUACAACAUUCAGAAGGAGUCCACCCUCCACUUGGUGCUCCGCCUCAGGGGAGGCAUGCAAAUCUUUGUGAAGACCCUCACUGGGAAGACAAUUACCCUAGAAGUUGAGAGCUCUGACACCAUUGACAAUGUCAAGGCCAAGAUCCAAGACAAGGAGGGUAUUCCCCCAGACCAGCAGAGGCUCAUUUUUGCAGGAAAGCAGCUUGAAGAUGGCAGGACGCUUGCGGACUAUAACAUCCAGAAAGAGUCCACACUCCACUUGGUGCUCCGUUUGCGGGGUGGGAUGCAGAUUUUUGUGAAGACACUUACUGGGAAGACCAUAACAUUGGAAGUGGAAAGCUCCGACACCAUUGACAAUGUUAAGGCGAAAAUCCAAGACAAGGAGGGUAUUCCCCCGGACCAGCAGAGACUUAUCUUCGCUGGCAAGCAGCUUGAGGAUGGCAGGACCCUUGCAGACUAUAACAUCCAGAAAGAGUCUACUCUCCACUUGGUGCUCCGUUUGAGGGGUGGGAUGCAGAUUUUCGUGAAGACUCUUACUGGGAAGACGAUCACUCUUGAGGUCGAAAGCUCCGACACUAUCGACAACGUGAAGGCUAAAAUUCAGGACAAAGAGGGUAUUCCACCGGACCAGCAAAGGCUGAUCUUUGCCGGUAAACAACUUGAAGAUGGCAGGACACUGGCGGACUACAACAUCCAAAAGGAAUCGACCCUCCACCUUGUCCUACGUCUCCGCGGUGGGAUGCAGAUUUUUGUCAAGACCCUGACGGGAAAAACCAUCACCUUGGAGGUUGAGAGCUCGGACACGAUUGAUAAUGUCAAGGCAAAGAUCCAAGACAAGGAGGGGAUCCCGCCGGACCAACAGAGACUGAUCUUCGCCGGCAAGCAGCUGGAGGACGGGAGGACCCUUGCUGACUACAACAUUCAGAAGGAGUCUACGCUCCACCUGGUGCUCCGCCUUCGCGGGGGGUUUUAAGCGGUGUUCUGGUGCUUCGUAGAAUAGCACCGGAUUGGUGUUGAUGACCAUUGUAGGAUGGCUUUGAAUAAGUUUUAAGACCUUUCGAAAUUCUCUGCUUGGGUAGGUUUUUAUACAUCAUAUAGUAUGAAAGUGGUAAUGACAUUCUGGUGAAUGAUUUCAGUUUCGUA